AUUGAUAAUAUAGAAUUACUUCAAUCAACGUGUCGGCUGUUGCUGGGAGGUUUGUUAAUGCUUUAGAUUCAGAUCCAUUUCGAAAGACCAGGGCGGUCUUUGAAAAUCGGAAUUAUUCUGCUUUGUCGAGUCAAUCGCUCAUCAUCGAAUAUUUUCUUGAUUUGUUCUAUUUUGACAAGUAAUUAGUGGUGAAAUCUGGGAUAAUUCAUUGUAUUAUAAGUCGCUAUUGAUUUUCUCUCUUCUUUUUGCUCUGUCGAAUAGACAAACAUAGAACGCGACACAGAGGGACCCGUACCGAAUUCUCUUUUUUUUUCAAAGGCAUAACCAAGGCGAUCAUAUCGCUACAAACGAAUCUGUCGUGAAACGCGGUACGGUGCGAUUACAUAACGCUCUCUCUCCAUUUUCUCAAAGGAGUAACUCUGACUCACUGUAAAAAGAUUUGGAAUCUAACAGACGCUGAUCUUUCGUGGCAGUGAUAACAACAUUCAGUUUCUAAAACAUUGACUUCGGAAUAAUGGAUCCUUCCCAGUUUUGAUCCUGCUGGAAACGGAUAUAGCUGGUGUUUAAAAACGUUAGCUGUUCACGUGUUUCUAGUUGGAUGAUUUUCCUGCUAAUCUGGAGCCUGUGACGUAAAACAUAUGAAGGAUACCGAGACUUAAUAUGACAUUUCAAACCGAAACCAGAGUAUACACAAAUGUGAAGCAUGAAAAAGGGAAAGGCCUAUUUAGCGCGUAUUGAUUUCACCACUGACAUUACACAAAAAAAUCAGACAAGAGCCCAUCUGGUCAGAAGAGCUUGCCAAACACUGUCAGAGGCUAUGUGAAAUUAAAACCACGACAUAUCGAUAUAAUAUUAAAUCCUAUAGUUUCAUGCGAAUUUGAUAUUUCACAGCGACUUCGGAAUACUCUAGACAUCGUUUUAGGACGGCCAAUAAAUUGCGGGAAAGGGCAAAUGAUUAAUUUGGAGAGGAAUGCUAUAUUUGUAAAAGUGUUUUCAUUUUGAGAAAUAUUACAUCAUAAUUGCAAUCGAAAUUCUUUCUUGGAUUAUCAUCAUGUCUGCUAAAAUAAAAGUGCCAAAACAACUGAAAAAGCGUAACCUGGGUGUCGGUGAUUACCUCAGUGAUGAAGAGCAAGACUUUAGCGAUACGAACAGACGCGGAUCGAACGUAUCCCUAUCAAGGGUACGAUCAUGUCCGCAGUUGUUGGAGGAGUACGAUGGACGACAGAUUGAACAAUCCUUUGAGAACAUUGUUGAUGAUAAUAUAAGUGCUCCAGGGAUUCAGGAUUGCCGCUCUCCACGAUCUCCAAUGGUUGCCCAGGGAUUUCAGUUCCAGUCGACCUGUUUGACCCCUGGGUCAGCGACACCAACACCACCGUCCUCACCCGAAAGCCAGAGAAGCAGUUUGUCUCAGAGAGGAAUACCCGAUACACCCGUGCAAAACAACUCACCCAUAACGACGCCCAAAAUUAGACGUGGAAGUUAUUCUUGGAGGGCUAACAUCAGUCAAGGUUCUUCUGUCGAAUCUCUAGAUAAUGACCGAAAUAUUCCGAAUGUGAAAAAUAAUAUAAAAACGGCACUCAAUAGUGAAAAUUUACAGAAACACGAACGAUUGUCGAUGACAGCUCAGCACAAUUUAAACACAAGUGAUAACAAGUGUUACGACACUCUGCAACCCGGACUUGUAUGUGACAAGAACAUUCGCCCGAAGUCCACUUCACCUCAAAGUCAGGGUGAAGGUGAGCUACAGAGCAAGUGUGAAAUGUGGCUACAAACUCUGAAUAUUUCACAGGGUGAUAAAAUCAAAUCACGGAGUCACAUACAACUCCCACCUAUAUAGAUAUAGACAGUUGAACAGCUAUUCGCCGGUGAAAUAUCUAAACAAUAAUACUACAGGUAUGGAUGUGAAAACUAUAUUACUAGAUUCACAAAAAGUUUGUGAAUUGAGGUAAACAAAAAUUAAUAAUUUCAUAAUGAUCUAAGGAUGGACGUUCCCAUCCUUAUUGGGGGCGUUGAGAUGUUACAUUUACUAUACAUCUGUUCAGCGGUCUACGGAUUUCAUAAUUUGUGAAGAAAAUAUAUUAUGUGCAUAUUUCCUGAUUUGUGUGAAUAGUGACAAGGAUCAGCCAUUAAGGUAUAUUAGGACUAAACCAUUUAUUUAUGAGUGGUAUACCUUUUAAUUACCUGUAUGUAUUAUAUAUGUAUCAAUCCACGAUAUCACACUGUGGGUGGGUGGGGGGAGGUUAAACGUUUGUGAUAUAAUUAUGUUCCAUGUCUGUUAUUUUUAUAAUAAAAACUCUAUUGUGAAUAUAUGAAUCGCCAUUUGAUCUUUCAUUUGUUUACAAAACGUGUCUUUAUUGAUGUAUGCAUUGCAUCGAAUUUAUCCUGUGUACGAAUUAAUUCUAAGCAUACUGUGAGAAAUGAAUCAUGGUCACAAAGAGGCUUCGAUCGGUGUGAAUCGUAUUCUCGUGCUCCCCGCGUUCGUGUUAGAGAUGAGGCCCAAUAAGUGUGUUUGGUGCCUUUAUAACAUGAAACAAUCGUGUAAAUCUUCCCAAAAUAGACGAUUCUUGAAUGUUAAAACGUCUGCGUGUAAAUGUUCCUCUUAUCCUGCUACACUGUGGAAUAAAAUUCAUGUUAAAACUUCAAAGAAUCGAGAUAAGAUCACGCGGCUUACUUUAUCUAUAGAUAGCAUGUACAAUCCACACAGUAAUUUAGUGAUCUGUAAUACUGUUUGCUUCUCUGUAAUGCAUAAUAUUUUAUAGAACGGGACGUAUGAUUGUAUUAAGAUACCUCUCAAUAUGUUUUACGGCGCUUAUGGCCAUUGAGCAGUGAAGGUUCUUUAGCGUGCCACAUCUGUGUAUCAAACAAAUAAACCAAAGAAUAACUAGUUACUGCAUAUCAAACGAAUAAACACCUAUAGAAUAACGCGUUAUUGUAAACACCUAUAGAAUAAAUCGUUACUGAAAACACCUAUAGAAUAACUCGUUACUGUAUAUCAAACGAAUACUAUAGAAUAACUCGUUACUGAAAACGCCUGUGUAUCAAACAAAUAAACCAAAGAAUAACUAGUAACUGCAUAUCAAACGAAUAAACACCUAUAGGAUAACUAGUUACUGCAUACCAAACGAAUAAACACCUAUAGAAUAACUAGUUACUGUAUAUCAAACGAAUAAACACCUAUUAAAUAACUAGUUACUGUAUAUCAAACGAAUAAACACCUAUAGGAUAACUAGUUAUUGUAUAUCAAACGAAUAAACAUACACAAACUAACCCAUUACUAAAUACCAAAAGAAUAAACACCCAAACCUCCUUAUCUCCCUAAAGAAUAAACCCGUUACUCAUCUGCAGAUCGAAUGCUUGGCAGAAACUGGUUUGAUUGGAUGGCACACGGGGAUAGAGUGAUGAUAUUUUCACAAUUUGUAAAGCACACAUUUGACAAGGGAUUUGUGAUGUCGUGCCAUUCGACAAUAAAAGCUGGCUUUUACCUGUCUCGCUUUACAUAAUCUAUUAGAGAUUACACAGUGCAAAUAUAUAAAGCCCCCGCUGCUUCGUGUUACAUUAUGCAAUAUUAUAUACAUAUACACAGAAUAGCUUCGUCAAUACACGGAUACCGACGUAAAUUCUACUAAAAAAACAAGAUUAAAAACGUAUUCCUUAUACGCAGGCUUUUACAGACGCACACAUUUGGAAUACUAAUAUGAUGCGUCUUAGCAUAUACCGGUUUGAUAUUGAAAAAUAACUAAUUCUGGCAUUUGGAAGACCAUAAAAACCACUAAAUAAAUCUUGGAAAAUAUACAUGGGUUUGAUGUCAGAAAGGUACAGAGUUUCCUGAAUGUACUUAAAGACCUAAUUUUGUCCUCUCCGGCAGUAAUGAAUGACCAACAGAAUAGUUCUGAGAUGCGCAACACCACGCUCCGCUUUUUCAGGAAAUGUAUGUGUUUGUACAUUUCAUAACAUCGAUGUGCUCUACUUCCUCGUUUAAAGGCAAUAUUCUCUUUCCUAAUUUGAAAAUUCACCAACGACAAAUAACUAGACAUAAUCUAGGAAAUGUCAACGUAAAUGAAACUGUAUUUUACAACAAAGAUUGUGUUUAGGUAUUUAUAUACAUUGUGUGCAGUGACAUAUGCAUCUACCGGUAUGAACGGUUUAGAAAUGCCUCGUACAUUGUAAGCAAUUCCCAUUGGUAGCGCUCUCCAUAGCCUCCUCAUAGACGCGCGCAUGCGUCUCUCCAAUCAACCACGGGAUUGUCUAUCACAUUAGAGUUUUUAAGGCACCUUAAUAAGCUUCCUACUGUGAUAAAUGUCAGUAUUUGUAAAAAUGAAUAUUGUAUACCGAAAAUAUUACGAAAAAUUAUAAAAGAGAUAAUAAAUAGAUACUAAACAGCGAUGCUGCCCCGUAAAUCAUUGUUAUUGAGGUUCUUCAUGUUAUGAAUCUGAGAAUUAAAGUUGAUUCCAUAUCGA